AUGUACGACUCCUACCAUCAAUUAACAGUAGGAGUCGAGGAAGUGUUUAAUCAAGUAGGUCGCGGGAACUUACUGCGCCGCCCCGAGCCGAUGAGGUCAGAUCCGAGCCGAAGGAACCAGAAGAAAUAUUGUAGGUUCCACGGUGACGUCGGCCACCAUACCAACGAUUGCGCCAACCUAAAAGAUGAAAUAGAAAGGGUAAUCCGAGAAGGAAGGCUGCAGGAGUUCAAGGCCGAGCGAAGGCCAAGAAACGAUGGCCAUGGUGACCAAAAUGGUAGUCGACGUCAAGAGGAGAAACGACGACCAGAGGACCGGGAACCCGUCGGCGUCAUACGAACCAUCCUCGGUGGUCCGUAUAUUGGAGGAGACUUGAGAAUAUCUCAGAAAGACUACGCCCACGAAGCCAAAGGGGUGUACCAGGAAAGGUUCUGGAAUGUCUCUGCCAUAAAAGCAACAAGGUUCGGCAGUGCUGACGUAGCAUUUAAUGAGGACGAUGCCAACGGGGUUCACUUCCCCCAUAACGACGCUUUGGUGGUAGAAGCCGUAAUCAGAAAUCACAUCGUAUGCUGA